AGGUCUCAAAGUAGUACAACUAUGUCGUGGCAGAAAUACAGAAGUUUUGGUUGAUAAGAAGAACUUACAUAAGGUCAUUAACGCAUUCAGUUCUUCCAGACGUUCGAAAAGAUGCGAUUUAUUUUCGCUUCAUUAUUUUUUACGAUUUUUGUUCCGCACGCUGUGGUCGCUGGUCCUUACAGUGACCCGCAUUGCGCGUCCGGUCGUGAUUCCAUAGUUCAUUUGUUUGAAUGGAAGUGGUCUGAUAUCAAAGCCGAAUGCCAGAGGUUUCUAGGGCCAUACGGAUACUGUGGCGUCCAGGUGUCGCCCCCGAACGAGAAUGCAGUUAUAACUAGUCCAAACCGGCCUUGGUGGGAACGAUACCAGCCCGUUAGUUAUAAGUUAAUAUCAAGAAGUGGAAAUGAACAGGAAUUUAGGGACAUGGUGAACACGUGCAACAAAGCCGGUGUAAGAAUUUAUGUCGACACCGUUAUAAAUCACAUGACCGGCGGAUACACCGGAACCGGAACUGGAGGCGACCAAUUCGACGGUGUAAGCUGUACUUUUCCAGGUGUACCUUUUAGUAGUAAAGACUGCAAUGGCCAUGACAAUUGCCAUACAACCGAUGGUUCAAUCCAUAAUAUGAACGACCGCGAAGAGGUUCGCAACUGUAAACUUUUUGGACUUGCAGAUCUUCGACUGUCAGAGGAUUAUGUGAGGGAAACAAUUGCCGGGUAUUUUAAUCAUCUUAUUGAUAUGGGCGUUGCUGGCUUUAGAGUUGAUGCGGCGAAACACAUGUGGCCAGGAGAUCUGGAAAAUAUCUUUUCUAGACUUCAUAAUUUAAGGAGCGAUGCUUUUGGCUCCGGGAAGAAACCGUUUAUGUUUCAAGAGGUAAUCGACCAGGGCGGUGAAACAAUUAAAAUGUCCGAAUAUUUCAAUACUGGGAGAGUUACUAACUUUGUGUAUGGUAUUAAGCUAGCUGACGUUUUCCUCCGAAAUUCAAAUCAAGCAAAGUUGCUUGGUAACUUCGGUGAAGGGUGGGGAAUGCCAAGUAGAAAUGACGUCGUUGUGUUUUUAAGUAACCAUGACAACCAGAGAGGUCACGGAGGUGGCGGUGCACCCAUCACCUUCUGGGACCCGAAGCCGAUGAAAAUUGCAACAGCAUUUAUGCUUGCUCAUCCUUAUGGCUUCCCGAGGAUAAUGAGUAGUUAUCGCUGGAACAGAACUUUCGACGGCGGAGAUGACACAAAUAACUGGCAAGGACCACCCCACAAUGCCGACAUGAGCACACAGUCUGUUGUUAUCAACUCUGACAUGACAUGCGCUGGUGACUGGGUGUGCGAGCACAGAUGGCGUGAAGUUUAUAAUAUGGUUGCGUUCCGAAAUGUUGUCGCCGGCACGCCUCUGAAUAAUUUCCAUUCGUACGGUAAUCAGGCCAUUUCCUUUUCACGAGGGGAUAAAGGAUUCAUCGCACUUGUUGGUGACGGAAGUUCUAUAAAUAGUAAUAUUUAUACUGGACUUCCGUCUGGAAGUUAUUGUGACGUAAUCAGUGGAAAUUAUGACAAUGGCUCGUGCACUGGAAAGACAAUUCACGUUGAUGGAAGCGGAAAUGCACAUAUCAACGUAAAUGGUCACACAGACGACCCUAUGGUCGCUAUCCAUGUUGGUGCAAAAGUGGGCAGUCCUAAGAAAGUCACAACAUAGAUGAACUUCAAAAUGUAAUUUAUGAUAUGUUUAAAUAAAUUUUUAUUUGACCCGAUUCAUAUAUAAAAUUGUGAAAAAAUUACAAA